UGAUAUAGAAGAAGUUUCCCACUUCACUCCAAGCUUUCACCACCAUGAAGUUGAAGAUUCUCUCCAUUUAUGCACAAGCUCAAUUUAUAAUGGAAUGACACAAAGCAAUGUCUCCCUUGUCUCUCCUAAUACCUUGCAUCACUUUGGUGAAAUCAACACCAGCAUUGGGUCAUCGGAAACGGCAGUGGUGGCGGAGGGAGGGAGGUUUCCGGUGCAGGGUGGCGGUGCAGCGGUGGUGGACGGUGGAUUGGGAAACGUGAAUAAUUUUGAGAACUGGGGAGAUUCUGCCACGGCGGAGCACAGCCACCAGACUGACACUUCAACUGAUGUUGACACUGAUGAGAAAGUUCAGAGUUUCUGCAUCCCACAUGGUGCUGCUGUUAUGGGUUUGGAUUCAAUUGAGAAAUCCAAAGGAAGACUUCUUGGAGAGCAAAAGUCACUUCGUCGACAAGCUCAGAACAGAGAAGCUGCUCGUAAAAGCCGGUUGAGGAAGAAGGCAUAUGUCCAAGAACUGGAGAAUGGUAGGCUAAGGCUUGCGAAACUCGAGCACGAACUGAAUCAAGCUCGCCAACAGGGAACACUAGCACCCGCAACCGGUUCGGUUGGAGAUAAGAGCCACUCUUCCGUUGGAAAUGGAGCUUUGGCGUUUGACAUGGAAUACGGGACCUGGCUCGACGAGCACCAACGACUCGUCGCCGACUUGAGGUUGGCGGUGAAUUCUUUCUUUGGAGACAACGAGCUUCGCCAUGUCGUCGAUGGUGUGAUGUCACACUACGACAAAUUGUUUCGGAUAAAGCGAAUUGGCGCGAAGUCGGAUGUUUUCCACGUGCUCUCGGGAAUGUGGAAGACUCCCGCCGAGAGAUGCUUUAUGUGGCUAGGCGGGUUUCGUUCCUCCGAGAUUCUCAGGAUACUGGGGAGCCAUUUGGAGCCAUUGACAGAGCAACAGCUGGUGGGUUUGUGCAAGUUGCAGCAGUCUUCGCAGCAGGCGGAGGAGGCGCUGUCGCAGGGAAUGGAGGCGCUGCAGCAGCUGCUGGUGGAGACGCUGUCGUCCGCCUCUCUCGGCGACUACAUGGACCAAAUGGCCGCCGCAAUGGGGAAGCUCGCCACCGUCGAAAACUUCCUCUAUCAGGCGGAUCUACUGCGGCAGCAAACGUUGCACCAACUGCACCGAAUCUUGACGACGCGGCAAGCGGCUCGGGCGCUCCUCGCCAUGAGCGACUACAUGGCGAGGCUUCGUGCUCUAAGUUCUUUGUGGUUAGCUCGUCCCACAAAUUAAUUAAACUGAUCAUCGUCAUCAUCGUUAUAUUGGUUAAUUAUGAGACAAACUUUGGUUAUAAAUUAAUGACUAAUUAAUUGACCAAGCACUAGCUAGAUUAUCCUAGUUAAAUUUUCAUUUCAAUUAUGCAUACUAGGAAUCUCAUCUGAACACUAUGAGUUUUGAAUGGAGAACUUAAUAUAAUGUAUGUAUGAUG